AUGACCGACAACACCACCGAGAUCCAAGGCUUCGCCUCCCGCCGCAACAACACCUGCCUCACCGACGAGGUUAGCUGCGGCCGCACCUGGGACACCUGGUACGCCUGCUGCCCGUCGGGCUCCUACUGCCCCGGCAGCAAGGUCAGCAUCGCCAACAACGUCUGCUGCCCGAGCUGGACCGAUUGCACCGCCCAGAUCGAGGACCCGCCCGUGUGCGCCGACGCCCAGUGGGCCCUGUACAACUACAGCGGGUAUUUCUGCUGCGAGGGCGAUACCCAGGGGUUCGGGGUGAAGGAGGAGACGUGGGUCGGGUGUGCGCCGGCGGGGUUUCAGGGGGAUGCGUCGUUUUCGGCGUUGAAUGUCAUUGCGCAAGGAACUGCAACGACGACUGGAACGAGCGGGGCGGCGGUAUCUUCGACGACGACGACGAUGACGACAACGAUUGCAUCGACUGCACAUUCACACGGGGUCAAUAAAGGGGCGGUUGCCGGGGGCGUGGUUGGAGGGGUGCUAGGUGUCGCUGCGUUGGCGGUCGCCAUCUGGCUGCUGAUGCGACGCCGGAAGAAGACGCAGUCCCCCGGGUACCAGCCGGGUGUGUCGUCGCAGCCGCAGAAUGCAGGGUAUAUGUAUGAGGCUACCGGGGAAUCGAGGCUGGGCGAGCUGCAUAGUGAGCCCACGCGGAUUGAGCUGGUGGGCCACAAAGAUCAGUUGAGGCAUGAGUUGCCUUGA